AUGACAGGUGGUUCAUUAAGACAUAGAAAUUUGGGUGUUGGUGAUAUUGGCAAUGCUGUGGAUACUGUGGUUGAUGAUCAUAAUUAUAGAAAUAGUAGAUCAAGACAAAAGAGACAGUCUCUUGCAUCUCGUUUAAUAAGAUUAUUUAUUUGGACAGUAUUAGCAAGUUUAAUAUUUUUAUUGUUUAAUGUUCCAGAUCAAGACAAUCUUUUAAAAUUUUCAAGUGUUUGUCUUUCUCUUACUUUUAUUAAUUAUAUAUUUUUGGAAUACAUUCAACCAUUUAUGAAAAAUACUCAAAAACCCAAUUAUAAAUAUUGGCAACAAGAUAAAAAUUUAAAGAAAUAUAUAAUUUUAGCUACAAUUACUGGCACGGUUGGUUUAACAGGAAUGUCAGUUAGUUUGUGGGAUGUUUGGGGAUUUUUUGGGGCACCUUUAGUGAUAUCUUCAUUUUUAAUGUAUUUAGAAUGUGUAGUAUAUAGAUCCGAUUAUGAUAUUAAUUUGGAUGAAGAGGAUCAUGAACCACACGAAGAAAUUGGUAAAGCAUUAGUUAAAGUUUCAAGUUCAAUAAAAUAUUUUAUUCUUAAUGGACAAUCAUUACGCUCGUCACCAGGAACAAUUGAAGUUUGGUAG